UGCAGGGAGCGGUUGCGAUUGGAAAGAUGGGCCCCUGCCGCUCUUGCCCUUUGUGCUGGCCUAGGCGCGGGCCACAGGGCGAGUCAUAUGACCCGCUCGAUUCCUGGCCCCAGCCGGGGUUCUCUUCUGUGUCUGCUCGGGUCCAGCUGGGACUACAAGGAACCUUUAAAGGGUCCGCCCCGAGGCCCGCUCUUGUGGAAGUAGUCGCCGUCGCCGUCGCCGUCGCCGUUUGCCCGCCCUUCCGUCUGUCCUCUCCAAGUCUGCACCAGCCUGGCGCUCAUCUCCUGCCUGUGGGACUGGUUCCGCUCGUUCUUCUGGAAGGAAGAGAUGGAGCUGACCUUCGUGGGGCUGCAGUAAGACCACCUUCGUUAGUAUCAUCCGCGAGCUCACCGAUUCGGUUUCGCAGCCAGCGAGCCGGCUGGACAUCUCCCUCCAGGCCGGAUUUAAGCCCUCCGUUCUUGGCGCGCCGGGCCGGUGGUGUAGGAGGGGGCUGCCCAGACGUCCUGUCACCUCUCAGGGGCCAGGAGUUGGCGGCAGAGAUUGUAGCUCCAAGGCUGCAGACUGUAUUGGAAGGACCAGAGAGACCCUCAAGCUAUGCAAUGGAAGCAGUGACCUCUGAGGAUGUGGCUGUGACCUUCACCACAGAGGAAUGGGCUUUGCUAAAUCCAUCUCAAAAGAACCUCUACAGAGAUGUGAUGUGGGAAACAUUUAUGAACAUGGCUGCUAUAGGAAGAACAUGGGAUAACCAGGAAAUUGAUGAGGCAUACAAAAAUUGCUGGAAAAAUGUAACAAAUGAAGAGGUAGAAAAAUGCUAUCAAUAUGAAGCUUGGAGUCAACAUGAAGAAAUAUGCCUUGGGACCCUAGCUGCUAAUGGGAACCUGAAACAAGCUGGUUUAAAACCAGUUGAAAGCUUUGCUUGUGGAAAGUCCUUGACUGGUCAUUCAUUGCCAAAUGUGCCCAUCUUGGCUCACACCAGACACCAAACAUGUGAGUAUGAGGGAUUUGAAGAGAAACUGUCUAAAUGUAAUGAACCUGGGAAAACCUGCAAUGAUUCCCAAUUCUUUCAGAAGUAUGCAAGGAGAAAGGCUGUAGAGAAACUAUAUAAGUAUGAGGAAAGUGGGAAAUCCUACUCUGAUUGUAGUGAAAGAACUCACCCUGAAGUGAAGACCUUUGUAUGUAAGAAAACUAUGAAAGUCUCUAGCACACCCAAUGACAUUCAAAUCCAUGAAGGAAGUGACAGUGGGGGGAAUCUGCAUGUAUGUAAACAAUCUGAGAAAACAUUCAGUCCAUGCAAAUAUUGGCAGAGACGUGAAAGGAGUCACACUGGAGAGAAACCCUACGUAUGUAAGCAAUGUGGGAAAGCAUUCACUACACAAAAUUAUUGUAAAAUACAUGAAAGUAUUCACACUGGGGAGAAACCCUAUGAAUGUAAGCAAUGUGGGAAAGCAUUCAGUACACACAGGUAUUGUAAAAUACACGAAAGAAGUCACACUGGGGAGAAACCCUAUGAAUGUAAACAAUGUGGGAAAGCAUUCAGUACUCACACCAAUUGUCAAAGACAUGAAAGAUGUCAUGCUGGAGAGAAGCCCUAUGUAUGUAAGCAAUGUGGGAAAGCAUUCACUACCCAGAGUCGUUUUAAAAUACAUGAAAGAUGUCACACUGGAGAGAAACCCUAUGAAUGUAAGCAAUGUGGUAAAGCAUUCAGUACACACAGGUAUUGUAAAAUACAUGAAAGAAGUCACAAUGGGGAGAAACCCUAUGAAUGUAAGCAAUGUGGAAAAGCAUUCAAUACUCACAACAAUUGUCAAAGACAUGAAAGAUGUCACACUGGGGAGAAACCCUAUGUAUGUAAGCAAUGUGGGAAAGCAUUUACUACACACAGUCGUAUUAAAAUACACAAAAGAAUUCACACUGGGGAAAAACCCUAUGUAUGUAAACAAUGUGGGAAAGCAUUCAGUACACUUGAAUAUUGGAAAAUACAUGAAAGAAUUCACACUGGGGAGAAACCCUAUGAAUGUAAGCAAUGUGGUAAAGCAUUCACUACACACAGUCACUGUCAAAGACAUGAAAGAGGUCACACUGGGGAGAAACCCUAUGAAUGUAAGCAAUGUGGAAAAGCUUUCACUACAGUCAGUUAUUGGAAAAUACACAAAACAAUUCAUACUGGAGAGAAGGCCUAUGUAUGUAAGCAAUGUGGGAAAGCAUUCAGUACCCACAGGUAUUGUAAAAUACAUGAAAGAAUUCAUACUGGUGAGAAACCCUAUGAAUGUAAGCAAUGUGGGAAAGCAUUCACAACACACAGUCAUUGUAAAAGACAUGAAAGGAGUCACACCCUGUAGAAACCCUGUGUACAUAAGCCAUUUGGGAAAGGAUUUUCUACUAAGUCCUAAUUUUGAAGACAUCAAGAACUCACAUUGGUAUGAGACCCUAUGUGUAUAAGCCAGUGUUUGAAAGUAUUUACUAGUAACUUUUCACUUUGUGGACCUAAAAGAACUCACACCUGGGAGAAUCCAUAUGUAUUAAGCAAUGUGGAAAAGCAUUCAGUACACAUAAUUACUAUCAAAUACAUAAAGGAAGUCAGACUGGGGAAAAUGCCAUAUAACUAAGACUCUUUUGAAUAUGCUGUGAAAAUUUCUUAUAUGGUGGAGACCUAUAGAAAUAAUAUGAGAAGUUUGAUGUCAAUUUUUCCUUUGUAUAUUUUCCAGUAAACACAUUCCCAGAUGGAGAUAUCCUAAAAGUAUACAUAUUGUGUAGUGUUUUUCUUGUAAAUUUCUGGAUUAUUUAUCUGUAACAGUUACUAUAAAAAUAAAAAUUGAGUUGAUGUGAA